AUGUCGAUGAUACUUUCGUACCAAGAUUGCAUCGCCCAGGUAGAUGAGUACCUUUUGUCUACAUCAGUAAGUGACGAUGAACCUGGAAUGGCACUACACUGGAACGAGAAAGCACUUUUGCACUUUGUGAAUGCUGCUAAUGAUGUUGACGACGAUGUUGUCAUGCCCGAAUGGCUAUCACAACCGCGUGGCAGCAUCACACCUGACUCAUUAGUUGAAGACAUGAUUGCACUCUUGGCGACAAAAGCCGGCGGGCGCUAUGGAUACGUAUUGCUGGUUUCGAAUAGUGUUGUACAAUUUGGCCAACUCUGUAGCAUGUUUGCCUACAUUGAGAACAAUGCUUUCGUACGCAUGGCUGCAGAAAAGGCAGGAAUAAGUGAUACAUCUACAUUGGCCAAGGUCUUUUGUGUGACUAGCAGCAGCAUAGCCACUGCUGUGCCUAUGGAGUUUCCUCCACGCGACAAUUUGAGUCGACGCCUCUUUGCGUGA